AUGAGCAAGUCAGCCGAAGCAAAUCGUUACCGUUUCUGUGCGAUUGCCUCUCGCCGUAUUCCUGAUUGGGCAGUAUGUGGUGAAUUGAACGAGGGUUUGGAAUCAAUUCACUGUGUUCCGCAGACUAACAACUCAAUAGUUAUUCAGAAUCUAAGUAAAUCACUAUUUGAUUUUGGAUCUGGAAAACGUUACUUCAUCACUGUGUUCGUACGUGACUCAUUGCGCGGUAGCACAUCGUCCUACGAAACGCUUGAGGUGAAUCUGAGGAGACCAACUGAGACCAGUACUAUGAUGGAGAAAAAAGUUGAAAUGCAUAGCUCAGAAAGUAUGUUUGAGACGAAUUUACUUCACGACGCUAUACUCGAGACUGGUCAGCUAUUUCCACGUAAAGGAUCAUCUUUGGAUUAUCGAUUUAUAGUGUCAAAUAAUACGACGAUCAGCAAUAAGGUUCUAUUGAUCGUCCACGCAUGUGAAGGUUACGUGCGAAUGUCGGUGCUGAGGAAUGGAAAUCUGCUGAAGCGGAGCGAACCGUUUUCAGGCUUCAGAAGAUUCCUCGUCGUCAAUGUACACUCAGGCCAACUACGGUUCCAAGUCACUAACGACGAUUCGCAACCGAAGACAAUUCACCUUUGGGCGAGCACUGAAGCCGAUAAGUCACCAUAUCCAAAAUUGCCCGAAGACACAAGCGUAAAAGUGCUUCGUCGCACAUGUUCCACAGCGACGUUGCAGUGGUUGCGAUCAGCGGAUGAACAUGCCGAGUACUGCAUCUACAUGCGUCGCGAAAACGCCAACUAUUUGGAAGAGCUUGUUUCCAAGGCGAGCAACUUAUGCGAAGGUGGCCUAGAGACGUCAGAGCUCGUCGGCUGUUACGCACAUCGUGGUCCCACUAUUGAGGCGAUGUUAAACAACGAUUCAAUCGGUCUUAUCGAGACUACGAUAGUCGGGCUUAGUCCAGCUAAGACAUAUCGAUUUGACCUGCUUGCGACGCCUCUUCAGCGCAUUCAUGCCCAGUCGUUACCCUAUCGGACGGUUUGGGCACGUACGACGAAUUCGUGUUGA